AUGCUUUCUACCGCACUCAAACUUCUUUCUGUUGCAUUGUUGAGCUCGCGCGCAGCUGCUCAGACCGUCGAACCCUUUGUACUGGAUGGCCGACUUGACAGUGCAGUUGCCAGCGACGGCACCUACAAUUCUGGCGGUACUAUCUCUGUCAAUGGAUACUCAGUCACGAUCCCGCAGAACCUCCAAGUGCAAUUCCCUGCUGCCUUUGCACCCUUUGGAGAGUUCGCAAGCGCGAACAGCUAUGUCGGUCAUGAGAUCUCUUCCGGUACGGUCGAAAGCAUCAACUUUGCCGCUGGCACAAUGAAGAUCAAGGGUGGUCCGACCAUUGCAAUCAACGACCCAAACGCGAUCUACUCUGUGGGAUACACCAAGUCUCUUCACUACACCGCAGACGACGAGAAUCCUUCCAUCACAGCAUUCAGCGGCUUCCCGAUGUGUAUCCCGAGGUCUUCUUCCGAUCCACUUUGUCCCUCGAGCAACCGACCAGCAGGACAAAACACNCUUGUAAGACAGCUUCGCUUGACUAUAGGCUGGAACAUCUUGUGCUCACACUACCACAGCAAAGCAUCUGACCCCUUGAAAAUGGCCCCUUUCCAAGUAGGAGAUUACCUCGAAUACUCUGGCAUCAAUGAUGGUGGCACUAUCGUUUGUUACACAAUUGUUGCUCCCAACGUACAGAUCACCACUUCAGGUGCUCCCACUUACAUUCGAGUCGAAGACGCUAUCGUUGGAAUCUUCGAUGGUGGAACCACUUCUGAGUUUGGUGACUCUAGGGUGACANNGUUCAUUGGUUACACCUCAGACCCCACUGCUGGCAUCACAGUUUCCGCCAUCGAUGUCGAUCCUUGUACUGGUGAAGAGACAGAACGAAGUGUUGGCGCUGCCUCUUACAAGGCAGGCGACGUGAGGAACAAGUGGACCUGGAGAGCUGCUACCACCACAACAUCCAAGUAUACUCGCGAAUACGUCAUUCGCGCUUCUACUGGCGAGAAGUUGACCGACAACAAGAUCAAUGCCGGCCGCUAUGUCCAACCUGUUUUGGAGUUUCUCUUUCCCGAGGCAAACGUACCUGGCAUUGUUCCGCCCGUCAAUGACUUUAGCAACUUUCCUUUCCUCGCACAAGGUCUGGGAUACGACAGUAACGGCAAUCUGUUUGGUCAGCUCAGUCCCUGGCCAGGUGCCAAUGCUCCUGCUACAAAGAGCUGUGCUCCUUACUCCCCUCCCGCUGCCAGCUCCUCUGCUGCCGCUUCUGGUACAGCAUCAACUCCGACUGAUCCUUCUGCUUCCGCUACAUCGACUCCCAGUGGCUCUGGUUCAGCUACAGCAAGCACUCCCACCGUGGCUGUCGGUGAUACCCAAUCGACUCGUCCUGGAGUUGUGGUUAAGCUAGGUUUCAACGUUACCAACAAGGCCGACUUUGGCGCCAACGACCUCACAUACUCUUGGUCUCAAGUCAGUGGACCUACUGUCACUCUGUCAAGUAACAGUGCUGCAAACCCAUCUCUCACUGCUCCCUCUGGGACAGCAAAGGCCACCUAUGUCUUUAACAUCAAAGCCAGUAGUACUGCAGCAGGCACAAGUGGCAAUGCCAAUGUCACCGUCAUCAGCGAUCCUGCCAUCAAGGAUGUCGUGACCAUUGACAGUUACACAUGGAACUCUUCAGGAGGUGGUAGUCUCUCAGUCACUGCCUACACCAACAUCGUAGGCUAUGAUGCACAUUUGAAAUUGUAUUUGACGAAUACAGCGACUGGAACGGCGACUGCGUUGACACUGGGGAAAGAUGGCAAGUACAGUGUCAAUUUGGCCAAGACCAAGAAGCCGGCAAACGGCAUCACCGUUGUCAGUGAUGGAGGUGGUAGCAAGAGUGUGACUGCAGUGACUGCAUAG